AUGGCUUCGUCCGCCGACAGCCUUUCCGACACAGAAGGCAACGGGAAGGAGAGAGGUAAUUGGUCACACAAAUGCGACUAUCUCUUCACCAUGGCGGGCUAUGCCAUCGGGCUCAGCAACGUGUGGAGAUUCCCUUACCUGUGCUACAUAAAUGGCGGAGGAGCGUUCCUCAUUCCAUACCUGCUGAUGCUGGUGUUGGUGGGCAUUCCGCUGUUCUUCCUGGAGACGGCCGUCGGUCAGUUCAGCUCCUCCAGUUGCCUCACGGUUUUCUCUGUUUGUCCGGCUUUCAAAGGUCUUGGCAUGGCGUCCAUUGCUAUCAACUUAAUGACGCUGACGUACUACAUUGUCCUCGUGUCGUUUCCCGUCCUGUUCCUCGCCUACUCUUUCAGCUGGGAACUCCCCUGGGCUUCGUGCGGAAACAGCUGGAACUCGGCCAACUGCACGGUUGGUAGGCUCCACGAAGGAGCUAACAUGGAAGACGGCGUUUCUUCAGCUGAAGAAUUCUUUCACCAUAAGAUCCUGCGCAUUUCGUCCGGCCUCGACGAUCUCAACCUCGUUCAGUGGCAGAUCGUCGCCGUGACCUUCCUGACCAUGGCUGUUCUCUUCUUCUGCGUCUUCAAAGGCAUUAAAGUCAUGGGGAAAGUUGUGUGGUUCACGGCAACAUUUCCUUUCGUAAUGCUGUUUGUCCUUCUGGUCCGUGGGGCUUCUCUCCCGGGAGCCAUAGAUGGAAUCCACUUCUACAUCUACCCUGAGUUUGAGAGACUGAAAGAGAUGAAGGUUUGGGCAGCAGCGGCCAUGCAGAUCUUUUACUCCUUGGGCCCAGGGUGGGGGUCGCUCAUCAGCUUCGGUUCCUACAACAAGUUCCACAACCGGUGCACGAGAGACGCGGUCAUUGUCCCCGUCUUGAACUGCAGCGCCUCCAUUCUUGCAGGAUUCGUCGUCUUCUCGGUGCUCGGCUUCAUGGCCAAGAGAGCUGGCGUUUCUGUUGAAGAGAUUACUGUUGCUGGCCCGUCUUUGGUGUUUAUUGUGUACCCUGAGGCUUUGUCACUGAUGCCCUUUGCUCCUCUGUGGUCCGUCUUCUUCUUCCUCACGUUGUUCUUUUUGGGCGUUGACUCGUGUUUCGCCCAUGUAGAGACUUCAGUAUUGUGUAUCCUGGACGAAUAUCCGAAGUUACGUGGUCACAGAGGCUGGGUCACUUUCGCCAUUUGCUUCAUUUCCUUCUUGGUGACAAUCCUCUUUGCAACGGAUGGUGGGAUGUACUGGCUUACGCUGGUGGACUGGUACUGUGCGUCGUUCACUGUCAUUGUUAUUUGUUUCUGCCAGAUAUGCAUAUUCAGCUACAUCUAUGGUACUGGUCGCAUCAUACAAGAUUUUCAGUUGAUGAUCGGACGUCGAAUUAGCUACGUGUGGUGGAUCAUUUGGAUGGCUGUCACUCCGCCUGUGCUCCUUUGCAUCCUCGCGAACACAGCGCUCGGUCACUCGGGCGCAGGGUACCGAGGGCACGCCUUCCCGACCUGGGCUCAGAGCAUCGGCUGGGUCAUGGUCUUCGCAUCCAUCCUGCUCAUUCCGGCCUACUUCCUCUAUUACUUCUGUUGUCGAACUGCAGGAUCGUUCAGACAGCGGAUCACGACCUGCCUGUCUCCAUCUCCUGCUUGGGGUCCGGGCCAGGAAAGACACAGGCAAGAGUGGCACCAAUACCGCCUCAAACACCCGCUGCGUCACCGGCUCAUUCAUCCGGACCUUUGUGCUACGGAGACCAGUACCUCGCCGGAUGAUGUUUUGCUGAAUACUUUCUAAACAGAACUUUUGAUAUCGUUGGAUUUAGCCCAAAUGGCAAACCCUUUCAUCCACAUGCACAUUCGAAUGCACCUUCCUAAUG